GACACAGAACCAGAUCAGACUGUAUGUAGGUAACUACACCUGUUCAGCGAACAUUUCCAAUGCCUAUUUUCUCUAGAUAAUGGAGGGUUUCAUAUUGGAUGUUCUUUUGCAUGAUCAUCAACGGUUCCUGUAUGGAGGGAAAUAUGAUGGACUUUACGAGUAACCUGCGCCUGCGCAUACGGACAAAUAAUCACACAAUGGAGGCAGUCGUAGAAUCCAUUCGAAAAAGUGAUUCGGAUGACAUCGGAGCUCUUUAUUAUGUUGUGGCCGUUGUUUUUAUCUACGGGUUUUCCAUUGUUAUGAUGAUUGCGUCACAUAUUCGUAAAAAUAAACAGGACAACCAGCUUCGUGUCUAUCUCAAGGAAAUGGCGUUGCUGAGGAAAAACGACAGGAGGGAAAAAUUGGUAGGCACACUUUCAAGUUUCACCACAAAGACCAAUAUUUUCGCGGAGGAGUUUGAGAAAAAGAAAAUACCAAAACUGAUUGAGGGAGUGAAUGAGGAAAGACAAGAUUUACUUUUUUGUGCAAACAGUACUAGUGAUGACACGAAUGAUUCCGGAUUGCAGCUUAAUUACGAUGAAGAUGUAGAAUCUCCUCCUAAAACAUGUGAAAGCCAAAAUUCAAAGCAGAGUUCUGUCCUAGUUCACGUGAUAAACGAACAGACGUCAUUGUGAUUACGUCAUGCAUGUUCAUGUACGUGCUCGUUAAUUCAUUCAAACUGAGUCAUAUUGACCUACGAGAAGCAUUAUAUCAUAGAAUACUAUCAUCGAAUUCCAUUACAGUGUUUUAAUUUAGGUUGUUUAUGAAAUUCUUUAAUUUUUAUAUACAUUUAAAAAGGUCAACUAGGUUGAAUCCCGUUUAAACCGCUUUAUCUAAAUUUUGCAUUCGUGAACAGCAAUAGAACUAAGUUAACCGUUUAUAUUAAGAAUAUCAACUAUUUCCGUCGGCUAAUCGACAGGAUUCGAUAUCAUUACAUGAAAAUCUUCGUAUUAUGGUACGCAAUUAGGUUUUUAUUUCUGUAGACAUGCCUAAACAUAGUUUUAAUGAUAUAAGUUUGGAAUUGCAAUCAAAGUUGAUAAAUAUUCGACAAGUGUAAACAUAGUUCGUGGAAUGAUAUUGAGCGCAUUUUAGCUUUAUGUCCGUAUGUCUAGUUUUGGCUUCAGAGGAAAUGGCGGUAUGAAGCUUAAGGUUUACACAAAGUUUGAUGGCGGGCUAUAUGACAGAAAAUCAAAGUCCAGAAACACCAACAUUCAGUGCAUUGGUAAAAAAAAACUUGCCUUCAUCUGCUCUUGAUUAUCUGCACAAUAUUUGUAACAAUGAAUUACUAAAAUGCGAUGGUAAGUUUUGAUAACUGUUAAAUCAAUUUUUUUUCGUGGGGCCCAAUGUUUGUGAUUUACCAAAAAAAGACACCAUUUCGUUGGUACAUUAACUUGUGUAUAUUCAGUACCCACGCAAAACAUACAAGGUGUAAAGAGAUUUCAACUUUUAAAGACACUCUUUCCUUUAUUCUUUGAGAACACAGGGCAUAUGGAGUUAGCUCCAACACAACAAACUAUAUAUAAUUGUCAUCAUCACAUGUAAUGGGAGACAGCUGAUGUAAAUGUAUAUAUUUGAUG